CUUGGCAUAAAAUAUAAUGAAUUCCACUUAAUUACUUGUCUUAUGCUGCGACUACAUUUCCAUCAGAAUUAAGUUACCAGAUGAGAAAAUAAAAGUAUAGUGUUUCACAAAUGUCCCGAAACAUUUAAAGUAAUAUAAAAACAAGAAAAAACCCCUAAUUCCGUUUGCACCGGCAGCUAUAAUAUCAUUCACAAAAAAAAUAUAAGAACUUGAUCGGUCAGUUUUUAUGUCAGCUGUAUGCUUUAGUGGUCCAAUAUCGGUGAUUCUGACAAUGUUCAGCUAGUUCGAGUAUAUACAUACAUAUGGACAGACAGACGUACAUGACUAAAUCGACUCAGCUCAUCACCCUGAUCAUUUAUAUAUAUAUAUUUUAUAGGGUCUCUGACGUUUCCUUCUGGGUGAUGCAAACUUAAUAUACCCAAUUCAGGGUAUAAAAAUAGUUCUGCAAUAAUAGCAGAUGCAACGAAACCAAUAUAAGGUUUUAUAUUCUUCAAAGUUUAUGAAACGUAAAGAUCUUAUUUAUGUGUGUUUUCGCAGUUAUGCCGGUUUAGAAGGCUGUAAUCUUUAAAAUUUAUACAAAUAACCUUUAUAAUUAUUAGUCCUAUUUACAAUACUACUUACGUACACUCGUGCCCCCCAAAAACUCGUCGUUUUUGAUUCUACAUAAGCUUUCAUUGGAAUACCACUUCCAUUGGAAUAUUUCAGGGCGAUUAGAUACAUACUCUGGUUGUGCACAUAAAGUGGUUGAGAGUAAAAGAGUCAGUUAACAAAAUAGUAGUUAGCAUAUCCGUUAUUAAUAAUAACGGAUUCGUUAUUAAUAAUAACGGAUUGUAAAGUAAAAAAUACUUAAUUUAUGUAAAUUAAGUUAAUGUAUGUAAUGCUACGGUUAUUAAAUGAGUAAAUGUUGCAAAAAGAUAUAAUUGAAAAAAGACAUGGUCCUAGUAAAACAGUGUGUGGAAAAAUCAAUAUAUUCCCAUAACAUCCAAGAGUGACAACAAUAAUAUAAAUAUGAAAAAAUGUAACUAAUACAAAAAUAAAUUAAACAACUGAAAUAAAAUAUAAAACAAAGUGCGAUUGAUGAAAAUAAGUGAAAACAACAAUAUCAAAUCAAUUCGCAAUUAAAAAUUAGAUCUCGGUACCUACUCCUACAUAUAUACAUACAUACAAAUAUAAAAAAUUCAUAUAAAAUCUGAAUUCAGAUGACUAUGAACGCAGCUCGCAUAAUGAUAUCAAUGUUUAAUAUAAAUGUAAUAUAAUCAUGCCAAUCGAAGAAUAUUAUCAAAUAAAUCUUAACAAAAUAAACAGAUAAUUGUUUAUAUGCAAAAAUCAAAGGAUAUAUCCAAUUGUACCGUUAAGCUGGAUAUUUCAACCGUCUAUUUUUUCUGCGCAUUGAAUGUUUCGUAAUCACAUUUUGAUGGGCGUCGCGAUCAGUCCCGAAACACGUCUUCUGCGACAAACCGCGGAAGCCGCCAUACUCCUCCUAAUUUUUACUCAGAAUGUCUCACACAUCAGCUGCGAUUCCAAGGUUAUCAACACUACAGUCGACGACGGUUAUGCAAGUUGGGCUGCCACACAGACAACAGGUGUAUUUGGCAGCCCAUUCACAACAGCAACAGUAGACCUCGAUACGCAUCGCUUGGAAAAACGAAUGGAUUUGGAACUAUGUUUGGGCAAAUAUGAAAUCCACAAAAACACUAUUAUUCGCACAGGCGAAUCACAAACACUUGGUGGCAAGUACUUGCAAGGUCUUGAGCUCGACACCACUGAGGAAUGUCAACGUCUCUGUUGUGAAACGGAAUCCUGUGACGUAUACGUCUUCGAAGAUAAAAGUGACGGCUAUUGUUACCUUUUCGAGUGUGGUCCACCCGAGAAUUUUCAUUGUAAAUUCACUCGCCAUACUAAUUAUACCAGUGCUGUGCUGACUGCACACAAUUUGAAUGAAAAUACUACAAAGGCUCCAAGUGCAACACAAGUGAUUGGUACCAACAAUUUUUCGCAACAAGAGUGGGAAUUGACACGGUUAAAAGUAAAACCUGAAACGCAUCAUAAAAUGACUUCUGGAGCAGUUGGAUCAGGAAAGGUGCCUGCCAGCAUGUCCGCGGUAUAUAUGGUAGGACCUUCCGCUACAGCCACUCCUAGCGGAAAAUCGAAUGUAUUGGCAACAGCGACAGACCGAAUACCACCAAUGACCGCAGCUUUUUCACAAAAUGUAUAUCCUACUUAUUGUGGACGAUUUCAGUUCCUCUGUCAUUCCGGUGAAUGUAUUGCUGUCUAUAAUGCCUGUGAUGGUAUACCACAAUGCGAAGAUGGUAGUGACGAGGGGCCGGAAUGCUCAGGUGCUACCCCAACAUCAAACUCGAAUGCUUUCGCUGGUUCCGCGAUCGAUGUAGAAAGUGAAGGCCAAAAGCCACCUCAUUUACAACAAGUCACAAAAACACAAUUAGAAUCUAUAUCACAACCACGUCAACGACAACAGAAGCAGGCGCAGCAGAUAGCUCAACAAAACCUGCCCAGGGUUGUACCCCCGCUGAUAAAUAAUCGUGAGGAUGCUGCGGCUUGGGAAACUCGAAAAGCGGUUACUCCUCGUCCGGAAGAGCAAGCAAUAAAUGAUGAUAUGAAAAAUCGCAUCUUCAGCCACAAAGGUGGAAUACAAGUGCCGACAACAGGUGUAAAUGCCAACAAUAGUCCCAAUAGUGGGCAGACAAACAGUUAUGCUAAUACAAAUGCAAACAACAAUCCAAACAUCAAUUUGAAUCCAGCUUAUAAUACAGUAACUUUGCAGCGUAACGGUAUUUACGUAUCCCAAUUAACAGAUUUGGCACCCGGCGAUAUAUACCUACAGCAACAGCAACAACAACAGCAAAUUCCACCUCAACAACAAUAUGUCGUGCCAAUUGCCAUGAUGCCGUCGAACAUGCAGUGGCAAAUUCAACAGUCAAAGCAAAUGGCGCUUACGCCGCAGACGCCCAUACCACAACAUCAACAAGCAAUGCCAUUACCAUUGCAGCCAGGACCAUCAUACAAUGUGAACUUAGUCGAUCAACAACAACAAGCAAUUCUGGCACCAGUCAAAGAAGACUCUGAACAAUCUGUAGGAUACCUAAAUGCUCCCGCAGUAGUAUCGUUGGUACAACACAAAACAGAAAUUAUUGGUUCUCAACAGCAGUCGGUGGAACCUGUGGCUUUACCGAAUGGGUCACCGGUUGUUUCGAAAUCUGUAUCAGGAGAACGUAAAUCUAACACUAUACAAACAUCAGCCACUAACGACAAAGUUAAAGAGCAAAAUAAUGAUUACAAGGAGGAAGAAAUGUCAACAUAUCCACCAAAAAAGAAGCAAGAAUAUUUUAAGCAGGCCAACCUUCCGAAAAGUGAAAAGGUUAAAAGUCAGCUGGAUCCAAUAGAAUUAGCUCUUGAGGAGCAAAAACAACGCGUUCUUGUCCCCUCGCCCGUUCACGAACAAUAUAAAUUAAUACAUGACAAUCUUGGUUUCGAAUUUCGAGAUCAUGACGGCCAGUCUGAGCGACCGGGUGGUGCUAUGCUCUCUUUAACGCUUGGUUUACUUGUUACAGCAGCUCUGGCCAUACUAAUUGGUUGCCGCAUGCGUACAGUCGGUCGGCGCACACGUCGCAUGGGCGGAAAGGCGCCUUAUUCACAUGAGGCAGAUUUCUUAGUAAAUGGAAUGUAUUUGUAAAAAAACAGAUCAUAUGACAAAAAUUGAGAACUAACAUUUUAGACUCUCCAACGUACUAAUUUAGAACGGCUGUGGUGAUUCUAGCAAACAAAUACUUAAAUGAGAUUUUCAAAUGAGUGAUUUAUUUACAUACUGACAUAGACAACAUAGUUAUAGCCAUAUUACAAACACUAUAUUUAUAUAUAAUGGCACCUAACCCAAAUAUAAUAUGUAAGAAAGUGAAAAAUGUUCACUCCCUGCACAUUCCAGCUGUUUUGGUUGCUAAACAUUAUCGGUUAGAUGAAAUAUUUUAAUAUUAUUAAAAAUACGUAUAAAUUCAAAUUAUUUACCAGGCUAUAUUUUUGGAAACAAUAAAUUUCGACAUAAGAAGUAAA